AUGCCGGCCUAUCCACCAUGUCCUCAGAUGAAGGCGCAAAUAUACGGAGCAGUAUCCGAGAAGCCCAAUCCAAAGAUGACAUAUGCUCUCGCUCACUCCGCUCGAUGUAAGCUCCACCUAUCGGCCAAUCGUCCAGAUAGGAAUUUGAGGAUGGUCCUUGGACACGCCUUCGCUCUCGACAACAUGCUAGUCCGCAUUGUAGAGAUCGAGAACCAGUCCGCCAAAGACGAGGUCGACUUGUCGAAACCCGACGACAAGCCUGCCGCCGCCGACAGCGAGAUCGCCGCUCAGGAUAAAGCCAAAGCCGGCGUUGGAGGUGGUGCUGGCGUCACUGUGGCAGAAACGGGCAGUCUUGCGCGCUCUGAACAGCCGCAGAAAGAGCGGCGCAUCUCUUUCGGCAACUCAGCCAACUUCCGACCUUCGGACUACCACGCCAACGGCACCUCGAACAGUAGUGAGCGCAAAAAGUCGCCUCCACCAGCCAAACGCAUACCCAAGGGCUACUCGGACGAAGAGUCAACCUCAAGCGAUGACUACGACGACGACGCGGACGCCGCUGAAGUGCUAGCACCCGCUGAAGCCCUAGCUCGCCAGUCCGCCGUCCGCAACAACACAAAACUCGAGGACAUUCCACCACAAGACCCCUACGAAGACGAGGACGAAGACGCAGGUCUAGGCCUCCAACGCUUCCAAUCUGCAUCUGCUCGCCAGCCACGAAGAGUACCCUCGCCACCAGCAGAAGAGGUUCCUGCUCUCGAGGAGGACUGGUCGGAUGAAGAUAUCGAGGACCGUCCUGAGCCUCCUUCACCACCCGCCUUGGGCGAGGAUCUCUUACGCCAAGCGAUGGAGAAGGGAAGCAAGGAUGAAGAACUUGGAGAUCUGUACGAGACGCUGAGAGGAUGUCCUUGCUGCAAGCAGCACAGCAGUGCACCGAAACCGACGGGCGUGUGGAGGGUAGAGUCUGGCGAGGAUGGGAAGCAGUACGCUGUGCUUGCGGAGGAGAGGGACGAUCUUGAGGGAGGUCAGCAGAUCGAGGUUGCUGCUUGA